AAUUAACAUGGAUGAGUUAAAUAAUUCUAAAUCUUGCUUCAGUUUGGUCACAGGAUAAUACAAACUUGAUAAGAGUGAACCUAAUUCAGAAUCAGAGAUAAGAUAUAAAGGUACAAGAGAAUGUCCGUAUGAACAGUUAUACUGCUUUAAGUUUAAUACUAAUUGAAAUAGUAAAAUGUACAUCGCUAGCAAUCUUUCAGGAAUACUGUUACAGUCACCAAAGAAAUACGCAGAGAAUCAAAUUGGGAUUUACUUUUUUUUUGUGUGCGUGAAUUUCUUUGAGUAGUGAGGCUUUACCGGGCAAUAACUGCAUUUCACUAAUUUUUAAGUCUUUUCUCUCUCUCUCUCUCUCUCUCCCACUUUCUGAAAGUUGAAGCUUUGAGAAUCAAGAGUGUAGCUUUUUUCCUUGGGGGGUUGGCUUGUGCUUUGGAAAGGCUAUAUAAAGGGACUAUAGGCCGAUCAAAGUUUGCAGACUUGCAAUAAGGAAAGAGAGAACAAAAGGAGGAAAGCUAUUCUGAAGGAAGCCUCUUGCUGCUCGCAAAACUUGAGCCCCUCUUAAAAUUCCCUCCCACAAUUCUAUUCACCCUUAACAGAUACUUGGAUCUUUUACGUUUUUUAAUCACCUUUUCUUUUUCUCCAUCAAAAUCACGCUAACUCAAGCUGAAGGCUUGGCCAUUUUCUACAAGGCCUUCCAAGCUAAAAAGAACAGCACCUUGCUUCCUUCCUUGCUAUAGCCAGGUUCAUAUUGCUUCUGAUCUUUCUUCUCUCUAUCUGCUACUUAUUAAAUACUUAAGCUUCUCUGCAGUCAUGGGGUAUCUAUCAAGCCUUCUUCCAUGUGGCUACAGUCACAAGAAGAGGAAGAAGUCAUUCCAGACUGUUGAACUUAAAGUCAGGAUGGACUGUGAUGGUUGUGAGCAUAAAGUGAAGAAAUGCCUCUCCUACAUGAAAGGAGUUCGCACGGUGGAGAUCAACAGGAAGAUAAAUAAGGUUACCGUAACUGGUUAUGUUGAGCCAAACAGGGUUGUGAAGAGGGUUCAGUCCACUGGGAAGAAAGCAGAGAUAUGGCCUUAUGUUCCUUAUAACUUGGUCACGAAUCCAUACGUGACCGGGACCUAUGAUAAGAAGGCUCCUGCUGGGUAUGUGAGAAAAGGUGAGGCUACCCAAGUUCCAAGCCUAGCAAUCAGAGAGGAGGACAAGUUCACCAAUUUAUUCAGUGAUGAUAACCCGAAUGCUUGCUCCAUCAUGUGAGAGGGACCUUAAAAGUCUUGAGAGAGGGUGGAACUAAAAGAAUCAGGGGUUAAUUCCAUGUCAAAGAAGAAUGUUUCUUUUCAUGGCAUCUAUGUAAUAGGAGGAAUAGGUUCAGGCCAUAGUUGCAUGAGAGAGUAUGGAUAUAAUUGUCAAUUUACCUUAGAAUCGGUGAACUUUUCCUGGUAUUUACCUUAGAGUUAUAUAAACACUGGUUUAUUUUUCACAUAGCUACAAUGGAAUUUUGAUCCGCAACAUCUAGGGGUUUAUGAUUCCUAAUAUAACUACAGAUAUGAUAAAUGAAAGUCAUGUAAAUCUCAAUUGAAAUUCACAAUUCAAAAGGCUGCCAAUUAAAAUAAGCAGUUGUCAUCUUUUCUUGGAAACCAGAAAUAUGAUAAAUUCAUUAUAAUAUAACGAUUGACUAAAUCACAAAAAAUCAGCGGGGAAUUCAAAAACACUAAAAACCACAAUGUCAAUGGAAUUGACACCACAAUUGGAAAAAUAGAUUGGCUAAAAAUCAAUCAUGCUAGUAAAACAAUAUCAAAUUAGGUAGGGAAAAAAAAAAGAAAGCAUUUCACCAAAUAUAGAAAUUCACGCAUCUUCUGAUUCAAGUAGGUAACUAUUAGGAAAGAAUUGAAUAAAUUGAAAGAAUUUGGCUGAAAUUUGAAAUUUCAACAAGAUGAAAGCAGAAAUUGAGAGAAAUUAUCUGGCAAAACACUAGAGAACUUGUGAUGAGGACAUCAGAUUUCGACACGUGUACCAUCGCCGGAGACGCAGAUCGACAGCUACGAUCCAGAGCCUUUAUUUCUGAUUUAUUUGUAUUUUAUUUAUAUUUGUAUUUCUAUUUUCUUAGUUUGCCCCUGUGGGCAUUGAGUCACUUAUGUAGCCCUGAGGGCAUUUGUGUCAUUUUAGUUUUAUUUUUUUUUACCAUGACCUAUUUAAAGGAGGCCUCAUGCAAUGUAUGAGCUAAUGUUGAUGAAUGAAAUUUCUCUUUUGAUC